AUGGGACGCAUUGUUUCUCACGGCCGUGGAGGCGCAGGUAAGAUAUCUCAUCUCACAGAAGCCCCCUCCAUGCCCAAGGACCUCGUCACCCCCACCAUCAAGCAAGACAUUUUCACCACCGGUCGCGGGGGAUCAGGGAAUAUGAUGCACAACGAUCCGGAACGGCCAGAGAUUGCUCGCGAGAGUCAGGAUGUUGGGGCCCCGCCUUUGCGCGCUGAACAGGCUCCUCAUCAUAUCGGUCGUGGUGGCGCCGCAAACGCAUACAUCCCCACCGCCGAAGAAGAAGAGCGCGCUCGCCAGGAAGCAGAACUGCAGUUGCAGCGCGUUCGAACCCAGUCCAAGGAUCGAUUGAAGGAAUACGAUAUCGAGCAGGCCGAGAGACACACCGAGUCUUCGUCGUCGAGUUAG